AUGGAAGUCACAAUGGAAAACCUUGGCAACCUUCACGGCGUCUCGCACUCACAGGCAGGGGACCUGAUGAGCUCCUCACACGCUCGGCAGUCCUCCGCCCCUUCUCACCGGAACCUAGUUUCUCACGCGCACGGCCGGUCGGCGAUGGUGUCCAGCAUGGCCUCGAUACUGGAUGGUACCGGGGACUACCGGACAGACCCCUCGUCGCUCUCCGGCCACCUUCACCCGGCCAUGAGCAUGUGCGAGUCCGGGAUGAGCCUGAGCAACACCUACACCACCCUGACACCUCUCCAGCACCUACCUCCCAUAUCCACCGUCUCCGACAAGUUCCACCACCCACACUCCCACCACCACGCAGCCGCCCAACAGCGACUCUCUGCGGGGAAUGUCAGCGGGAGCUUCACGUUAAUGAGGGAUGACCACCGGGGGCUGGCGUCUAUGGGCAACCUAUACUGCCACUACCCCAAAGAUAUGUCCAGCAUGGGCCAUGGGUCCCUCUCCCCACUGUCCAACGGCCUUGGCUCUUUGCACAACUCCCAGCAGACGCUCUCAGCCUACGGUCCAAGUGCUCACCUCUCCAAUGAUGCCAAGAUGCUCUCCCCCGUGACAGGCUUCGAGUCCCACGUCACUAUGCUGUCUCGGAGCGAGGAGCACAUUGCCAGGAGUUUAGGUGGCCAUGGACACGGCAUGAUCUCCAACCUCAACGGGAUGCACCAUACGCACAGCCACCUCCACUCCCAGGCCAAUGGGGCAGCGAUGCUGGCCGAGCGGGAGAGGCACGGUGCUGGGGCCGGCCAGGGAGGAGGGUCAGGCGGGCAGGCGGAGGAGAUCAACACUAAGGAGGUGGCUCUGCGGAUAACAGCGGAGCUGAAGCGCUACUCCAUCCCCCAGGCGAUUUUCGCACAGAGGAUCCUAUGUCGGUCCCAAGGGACCCUCUCAGAUCUCCUGCGGAACCCCAAGCCGUGGAGUAAACUCAAGUCUGGCAGAGAGACGUUCCGGAGGAUGUGGAAGUGGCUCCAGGAGCCCGAGUUUCAGCGGAUGUCUGCCCUUCGGUUGGCUGCCUGUAAGCGGAAGGAGCAGGACCAGGGUCGUGAAAGGAACCUGGUCCCCAAGAAACAGCGGCUGGUUUUCACCGACCUGCAGCGCCGCACGCUGGCGGCUAUCUUUAGGGAGAACCGCCGGCCCUCCAAGGAGAUGCAGAUCACCAUCAGCCAGCAGCUGGGCCUGGAGCUCUCCACCGUCUCAAAUUUCUUCAUGAAUGCACGGCGACGCUGCCACGACCGUUGGGGGUCCACCGGAGGCGUUGAGGGGAACGAGCACGGGGGUGUGCAUGGGAACGUGCAUGGGCACGGUCACAUGCACGCUCAUGGGAACAACAACAACGCCGGUUCAUCCACGGCGCAACCGGGUACCUCCUCUGCUACCACCUUCUCCAAGGAAUGA